AAGCGCCAAUAACAUGUCCUCUCACUGCAGUCGAUCGCUAGCAGGUGCGUUGUGCGCGCGUGCGUCCGCCAUUUUUAACAGCUGAUUCACCAUUCACGCUAACACGAUCGUUUAUACUCCGUCCAGAAACAAUUCAAUCGAUCCAUUAAGCUGGGCUUAAAUGACAUAUUGACUUAUUUUGCAGUGCAGUGAUUAAAGACUAAUGAAGAUGACAGUUAAUCGAAUAAGAGUCGUGGUCCUGGGCAGUGCACGAACCGGCAAAUCAGCCAUUGUAGUUCGUUAUCUUACCAAAAGAUACAUCGGAGAAUACAGCUCCACGGGAGAUUUUUUAUAUCAACACCGCGUGUCAUUUGACGGUGUUGCGUCCGAAGUUGAAGUUUUGGAUACUUGUGGAUGUGCGAAAAGAGGUUGUUUGGCGGAACAUCUGCGGUGGGGUGACGCCUUUGCGAUAGUGUACUCAGUGUGUGACCGAAGAUCGUUUUUGGCGGCAGCUGAGCUUCUAGCACUUCUGGAAAGAACUAGGCUGCCUGGAUGCGCCGCUGUUACUUUGCUGGGAAACAAAAGGGACUUGGAACACGCCAGGGUUGUAAAGACUGAAGAAGGUCAAGAGAUGUCUCUGAGGUUCGGCUGUCAGUUCUACGAGGUGUCUGCAGCGGAAUCCUGCGCAGGCGCUGCUCUCGCUUUCCACGCGCUACUGCGUGAAGCCCGCGCCCUUGCCAUGUUAAUGCCGACGCCACGUCGCAAGCUUGCCGCCUACUCUGUAUCGAAGGUAAUCGGUACCAUUCUGGGUCUCAGCAAUAAGAGUGUGCGGAAGAAACGGCCAUCCCUCAGCAUAUGAUUUGUUGAGUAGAUUUGAUUUUAGGUCUUGUUCACUCCACAAUGGAGUUUGUUACUCUGCAAAUGGCAGAAAGCUUUUGAAUGCCGAUGACGGAAGUCAAGCUUGGUUUGAAGAUGGGAUGGAAAGCAAGGAAUGGAUAUUCUGAAGGCUCUAAUGAUUAAGGUACUUUUAAGUUACAAUAUUUGUAUGAGAAUUUUAAUAGUCCGACUUGUUUGCACCGUGUAUUUUUCAUACUGUUAUAAAAGUUGACAAUAUUUGUAUAUUAAGUAGAUAAAUUGUUAAAAUUUUGCAACAAAAUAUGUGGAACUUAUGAAUGUCAAAGACAAGUUACAGCUGCAACUUUUCAAUAAAAUUGAAAAGUGUUAUUUA